AUGCAGGUAUCGCCGAUCCCAAAGUUCAAGGGCGACAUCCUGAUCAAACUGAUACGAUUUCGUUUUCUGAAACUAACUAUACAUUGAAAAAUUGAAUGAAAACAAGAUAAAUGAUAUUUAAAAAAAUGCGCGUUUGAGAACAGAAUAUUUUUGGAAAUUCCAGUUUACUGUAGUCGGAACUUUGCGCGACACCGUGACGGUAUCCGACAUUUUUUGAUCAAAAAAAAAUUGAAAAUGCUCAAAAUUGUAAUUUUUUUAUUUGUACUUUUUGUACUUUUCGUUGGUUUUUUUAACUUGAGGAUUUGUCGGAGUUGUUAUGAUACUUUAAGUGUAUUUAUUUAACUCUCCAUUAUAAUCUCCUCGCGUCUCAUCAAUACUUCCUUUUUUUCAUAAGCCUUACUUUCCUGGUAUUUAUCGAUUUCUCAAGGUUUCAGUGAGGUGAACUUCCGUAAUGCAGCACUGUUAAUGCAUAUCAGUUGACAAACAACAGCUGGAAGGUAACUAGGUAGGACAAUGUCAGAAAUGUUCUUUCAAGUCUUCUCAAGUUUCAGUUUCGGUCGAUUUCUUGACGGUUUGAAAGAUUUAUUCGGAAGAUUUAAGCCGACAAGUUUUGGAAACCGGUACGUUUAUUUCUCAGAAAUUUUAACGAAAAGUUGUAUUUUCACAAAAAUUCAAAAAGACGAUUUUCAAUUCAAAAAGACGAAUUUCAAUAGCCGACAAGUUUUGGAAACCGGUGCGUUUUCAAAAUAACCGUUUUCGUAAAUAGGAAAGAAGAAGAAGCCAUCUUUUUCACGUUUCCAUUGGGUUUUCUGGAGCCAAUAUUUCUUUAUGCGAAAAUACCAGUCUGGAUGCACAUAAUUCAAUAUCGGCCGUAGUUAUUAUACUCAAUAAUUUGGUGCCGCCCAAUACCAGACGCUUCUUCUUCGUUUUCCUUUCCAUCGUCUCAACCAGCUACUUUUUUCUAUUUAUAUUCAUGUUCAUUGGGUAUUGGUUGUCAAAAAUGUUUAUUAGAAAUUGGAGGACAUGUUUUGUGAAAUGAAAAAUCGUUGAGGUUUUUUUAGGUAUUGAUUCACUUAUCUUUUUCAAACAGACCUCAAAUUCCUGUUGUUUCAAACAAUGUGUUCCUUUAACAGUUUGAAACUGAAUAUUCGCGAAACUCCGUUAUUCUGAGGUUUUUUUUUCGUUGACUUCAGGAAUUCCAAAGUGGUUCCUACAAAAGCAACCUUCGAAGCCCUUGAAGGAUCCCCACUAGGGAACACUUCAGAUACCCCCAAAGGGGGUACUAAAAUUAUCAAAAGUGGUCCCUACUGGGGGCAUGUCAGCCGAUUAUUGUUAUGAACUUCAUGAUAAGAAGCAUUUUCAUGCAAAAAACAAGAUAAAUCAACUUUAUUCGAAUGAAAUAUAUCAACAGAGGACGAUUUAUCAAUCUUAUUUUUUUUUUAAUUUUCAAAUCUUAUUUUCUUUCAUUUAGCUUCUCCGAUUUCUUUAAAACCAAAACGAUUUUGAAAACCUGAAAAAAUAAACAUUCUGUGUAUAAUUUGUUUUCUCCAAGAUCCCCCUAGUCUUUGAAACCAAAAGGCCUAAUUUGUAAAGCCUGCGACAAAGGUAAUAAAAAGAGGGGCGGGACGGAAAACGGGCAUGUUUGGCGGUUGAUGUAUGCGGCAAAGGGAACGACUCCUUGGGGAGGACUUCUGGAGGCUCCGCCCCUCGUCUGAAAUGGCCGGCGCUGCUCUUCCUGUUGCCAAUCCGGCUUGA